AUUACUUACCAAAAUGAAUCAAUUAAUCAAAAUCAAGAAUCCAGUAUGAAUUUAGUACAUUUAUCAUCUGUUGUAAAAAUAAACGAUAUUUCUGUUGGUAAUCUUUUUUAUGAUGGUGCGUGGCAAAAACCCAUAAAGGGUAUGUAUUGGAAACAUAAUGACAGUCUAUGGGCAAAUGCAACAGACACCGAUAUAAAAAAAUGUUAUCAAUCUGCUUGGAAAGGAUACAAAACUUGGAGUAUUAUGUCUAUUGAGACUAGAAUACAAAUGUUAUCUAGAUUUAUGUCCAUACUGAAAUUUACUGGCAAAUUUAUAUUAGCAGCUAUAGUAGAAAGAUGGAUAAAAUUCCCAUAUUUCUAUGGGAAUAUACAAGGACACAUUGAAAAUGAAAUGAUAGAAAUAUUGUAUAUUCGUAAGCCAUUUUUAGGUGUUAUCAUACUUAGAGAGGAAAAUGAAAACAUUUUGUUUUUUCGAUUGAUGCAAUCUUUAAUUACUGGCAACUCUGUCAUUGUAAUGUUUGAUGCAAACUUCUGUAAUCCAUCAUCAUAUUAUGACAUGUUUUCGAGAUGUGGAAUACCUCCAGGUGUUAUAAAUUUAUUAUCACAUGAAAAUAUAAGUUCGCUGGAAGCUAAAUUAUGUUUAGAAGAUUAUACAACCUAUGCAAAUAGAUAUUUCUUGAAAGGCACUUCGAUACAGACAUAUAUUACUCCUUUUUUAAGGCUUACUAUACCAAAACGAAUUUUAAUCCCUCUUCAAUAAUUUUGAUAAUGCAUGGCAUGGAUGUAGUAUUUGUGUUAGAAAUAUGUCUAUAAGUAUAAACAUUUUGAUACAUUUACGUUAACAUAUUAUGAUUUCAGAAAAAUAAUUUGUUGUUUAAUUAACUGGUGAAAAUAAA